AUGUCCACGUCCGAAGACGAAAAGGAUCUGCGAAAGAUCAUGUAUGAAGACGACACCCCAUUCUCUGGACAGCGCAACCUCCGCCACCGUUGGCCCAAGGAGAUUGGUCCAGACGACUCUGGCAUCAACUGUCUCAUGAUGCUCACUCGACAGUUCAAUAUUCAGCUUGGCGCUCCAGCAGAGUGGAAGGCUUCCAACCCAGACCGCCGAGCGGAAGAAAAGGCCAACCCCGUGCUCAAGGACGCUUGGAAGGUGGCGCCAUUGCAAACCGCAGAGUCACACAGACAGCUGCAGUUGCAACUCAAGAAGCUUGGCGCUGGAGGUGUGACUGUAUUUGCAGACCUAGAAGACAGCAGCCUAAUGAGUUCGACUCUUUGGUCGCGCCGCCGUUUCGCACUGUUGAGAACCGUGACGAGCGAUGGCAAGACUGCUUGGAUGGAGGAAGAGUGGGAGAAAGACAACAGGGCUAGGUUCGACGUCAUUGUAAUCAACAAUGCCGAGAACCAAGGGACGGGCAUAGACAUUCCCAGUGCCAUCAGAGCCCGUUGCGGUGUGAAAAACUUUGUAACGCCCACGACAACUCUGCGCCGAAUCAUAGCGCGCUACCCCAUGUACAUCAGGGUCCGCUUCACACCGUCCGAUAGCGAUACUGAGACACUGGAGUCGCUCUCGACGUUUGUCAUGGAGCUUCCUUACGGCCUGGAGAUUGAAGGAAAAUCGAAUCGCCGAUACAACCUGGCAGCUGCAGUGAGACUCAGAACUGCUGUCCCUGGCGACGCUGAUUGCAUUCGGCUGUUUGACGAACAGGGCUUCAAUGUUGUUCCAGACAUUGAAGGGUUUGUCUUUAAUGACCUCUCAUGGGAGAUUGGCGCCGCGGGCCAUACCUACUACUUAUACUAUCUCGCAUGCGACAAGGAGUGGCUUGCUACCAAAGAAACUCGAGCUGCCCACACAAGGGACUUCAAACAACCGGGAACACUCUCCGAGACCUGGCAAAAAGGCUUUGCGCUGAUGCAGGCCGCCAUGAGAAAAGUGAAGUCGGAAGCGGAACAGAGAAAGACAACCAGUCUCGAUCAUACGCAAACAGCGUCUGAGGAGUCGAUUCGUCCGUCUUUAGAGAGUGGCAACGACGUCGCCGGUGGUCAGUCAACUCAGCCUUCCCAACGAAUGAAUAAGCGAACCCCGGGACAUGACGCGACGGCUACCCCCUUGAACACCAAGAGACCUCGUCGACGUGCGCUGGAAGAGAUCAGGUCGACACCCGAGUCACCUGACAGGCAAGAACAAUCGCGUCCACAGCCAAACGGCCUCGAUCAAACAGAGCAUCAGUCGGCACUGGUCCUCGGAGAGAACGAAAGGGAUCCACGCCUUCGUCACGAGACAUUCAGUCCGGACUUGUCCACGCCUCGAGAUACUACAGCUCCAGGUCCCGUUAAACAGGAGACUGAGGAGACUAGUACGUCCUACUAA